GAGCAGGUUUUGAAGGAGCUCUGCUCCACACGCCGCGGGAGUUUGGCGUUGGAAGAUUUUCCCGAAAGUCAGGGAAUGAGAUAAAAACUUCUUUUGCCCGAAGGCCGUUCAGCCAGUCACCAAAGGCUCUAAGAUCGGGACAAAGUCCUGUUUUGUGAGUCAUUUACCUCUCGCUGUUCUCCACCUCCCUUCACUGAAAGGGUUUAAUGUUACACCCGCUGCCAGACUCUUACCUGUGCAGGUGAGCGACGGUGCCGAAAGCGAACUUCCAAAAUGAGGUUAUAUCUCUUCUGCUGACACUCUGUUCGACUCGUCCAGCUUAACAUCCCAAGUUCCAGCUUUUCAGAUGAGACUCUAGCCUGACGUCGCCGCAGCGAUGGCGGAGGCCUCCCCUUUGGACAUGUCCCCAACAGACUCGGGUGUGUUUUCCCCGACCCUUGAGCUGUGUGCCUCCUGCGGCCACAGCCACAAGCUGGAGGAGAACCACGAGUACAUCUACCAGGACGACGUGGAUGACGACCUCAUCUGCCACAUCUGCCUGUCGCCACUCAUCAUGCCGCUGGACACGCCCUGCGGCCACACCUACUGCAAGGAGUGCCUCACCAACUUCCUACUGGAGAGUGACUUCUGUCCCGUGUGCCGCACGCCCCUCAUGCUGCAGAGCUGCAGGAAGCCGAGCCUGCUGGUGCAUAAGCUGCUGGAUAAGCUGACCGUGGCAUGCCCUUUUGCUGAGUUUUGCACAGAGACCCUGCCUCGCGGCGAGAUGGAAGAUCACAUCAAGGGCAGGUGUAAAGGCGCCUCCCACUAUGGACUCUCCGCAGACAGGAAGCGCCGCUCGCAGGAGGGCGAGUGCACAGACAGCACGUCGGAGCUCACCGUCGCCACGCUGCCCAGCGACGGCCCCGCCUCCGCCGCCGUGGCGCUGCUCUCAGACGAACCCGGCCUGGUCAACCCGGCGUUCGACCCCAGCAUGGAGGACAACAGCCAGUCAGGCAGCAUGACCAGCCUGGCCGCUCGCAGCAGCUCCAAGAAGAUCAGAAACUUUGACCGCUCCUCAGUGAGGAGCCGCUCCUUCAGGAGACUGAACCGGGCGUUCAGCGUUCUGCGGAGGACCAAGAGCGGCACUGCGGUCAGCAACGAGACCUCCGAGGAGCGGGACAAUGCCAGGAAUUCCAGCGUGCCGCCGGAAGUGCUGGCUCUUCCCCAGCUCCAUCACCUGAUCCCUGACGGUGAGCUUACCAGCAUUAAAAUCACGCGACAGGAUCCCUCGGACCCACUGGCCAUCAGCAUCGUUGGCGGCAAUGAGACCCCUCUGGUUCGCAUCCUCAUCCAGGACAUCUACAGGGAAGGGGUCAUUGCUCGGGACGGCCGCCUGCUGCCCGGGGACAUGAUCCUGAAGGUCAACGGCAUUGACAUAAGCAACGUGCCUCACUACUUUGCCGUGACAACCCUGAGGCAGCCGUGCCAACUCCUGCGCCUGACCGUGCUCAGAGAGCAGCGGCACCGCUACCGUUCGCACUCGCACGGCCACGCUCACGGAGCCGGCGUCCACCAGGCUCUGGGCCCGCCCCACCAUCCGAUGAGAGACGACAGCGUUCACGUGGUGCUGAACAAGAACGCUCCGGACGAACAGCUGGGCAUCAAGCUGGUGCGGCGAGCGGAGGAGCACGGGGUCUACAUCUUCCACCUGCUUGAGGGAGGCCUGGCUGCGCGUGACGGACAGCUGUGCAUAGGCGACCGCGUGCUGGCCAUCAACGGGCACGAUCUGCGCUACGGGGCACCGGAGCAUGCCGCCUUGCUCAUCCAGGCGAGCGAGCACAGUGUGCACUUCGUGGUGUCUCGUCAGAUCUGCCUGCCCAACCCAGACAUCCUACCAGAGGGGCCAUGGGGCAUGGACGGCCCCCCACCAUACUCCCCUGUGGAUAUGGAGCAAACGCUGCUGGACUCCUGUCAGAAGCCCGCGUGUUACGAGAAGACAGUCACACUAACCAAGGAGCCGUACGACUCCCUGGGCAUGACGGUGGCGGGCGGCAUGUCCAGCCGAGGAUGGGACCUUCCCAUCUACGUCACAAACGUGGACCCCGACGGCGUGGUGGGACAGGAGGGAUCCAUCCGCAAAGGUGACAUUUUGCUGAAUGUGAACGGCAUGGAUUUGACGGGGGUGACGCGAGGCGAGGCGGUGGCCAACCUCAAGAACACUUCCUCUCCCGUCGUGCUCAAGGUCCUGGAGAUGCGUCCGCCCGACGACAACCCGCCGGAGUUCACGCUGCCGCCGUGUCUCACGCCGUCGCCCACAGACAGCACCAAGAGCCCGCUGCCCAACGACGAUUACUCCCCGCUGUGGGUCUCGUGGCUGCAGGUACCCAGACAUCUCUACUGCUGCAAAGACAUCGUUCUGCGGCGGAGCACGUCGGGCAGCCUGGGCUUCAGCAUUGUGGGAGGCCAGGAGGAGGUCAACUGCAAUCAAUCGUUUUUUAUCCGCUCCAUUGUCGAGGGGACGCCGGCCUACAAUGAUGGCAGGAUAAGAUGCGGGGAUAUCCUGCUGGAGGUGAACGGGAAGAGCACGUGGGGGAUGACGCACACGGCACUGGUUCGCCUCCUGAAGGAGCUCCGGGGCAGAAUCACCCUGACCAUCGUGUCUUGGCCGGGCAGCCUGCUGUAAACGGCACUCCCAAGCCAUCCGGAACCGCUUUUUAUCGACACUGACCGAGGAAUGUGGAAGGCAGAGAGCUUUGGACCGGCCGACCACCCUAAGCUCGCUGUGUGGGAAGAGAAGCUCAGGACGGCCGCGCGGACGCCUCGCCGCAGACGGGCUGCUGGGGGGCUUUGCCAGGACUUUGCAGGAGAUGCAGAUAAGAGAGACUGGAUCGUGACCAGAAGGUUGACUUGCCCCCCGCAGUCCCCACGGAAAUCCUGAACCGGAACAGAUCCGGACCGGACGCCGGACUCUUGUCUUGCUUAGAGGACACUGAACAGCGUCCAGUGAGUCGGGUGGGAGGACAGAAAGGAGACACGACUCGUUGCCAAUUUCAAUAGAUAUAUAUUAGGAUAAUGCGUUAAGCUGGACUCACAUUUCUUUACGUAAAAUGUUUGGUGUCUAAAAAAAAAAGAAAAAAAAAAAAGAA